GGCGGGACUUCUGGCGCGCGUUGCCGGGUUACGCGGUGCGGAAGGGCCCGGCCCGGCCCGGUUGGAAACAAAGCGGCGGCAGCGGGGCCUGGGCCGGGAUGGCGGCGCGGCGGGGCCCGCUCCAGCUCUGGCUGCUCCUGCAUCUCCUGCCGCAGGUGUUCUGUGAGUAUGGCAUGGUCCAUGUCCUUUCAGAGAAGGGGAGCAGCAAAGGCAAAGACUACUGUAUCCUCUUCAACUCUCAGUGGGCCCACUUGCCACAUGAUCUGGGUAAAGCUUCACUCUUGCAACUGCAGGAUCAGACAGCGUCUGUUUUGUGUUCUCCUUCUGAUGUGCCUGAUGGGGGAUUUAAUAAUCAAAUCCCCAUGGUGAUGCGAGGGAAUUGCACCUUCUAUGAGAAAGUGAGGCUCGCUCAGAUAAAUGGCGCUCGUGGGCUGCUGAUUGUUAGUAGAGAAAGACUGGUUCCUCCUGGGGGUAACAGGAGUCAGUAUGAAGAGAUUGAUAUUCCUGUGGCUUUGCUCAGCUAUGCCGAUAUGUUGGAUAUUGGCAAGAGUUUCGGCAGCUCAGUGAAAGGGGCGAUGUACGCUCCAAAUGAGCCCGUGUUGGACUAUAACAUGGUGAUUAUAUUUGUCAUGGCUGUGGGGACUGUUGCCAUUGGAGGCUACUGGGCAGGAAGCAGAGAUGUGAAAAAGCGGUACAUGAAGCACAAACGUGAUGACGGGGCGGAGAAACAUGAUGAUGAAACAGUUGAUGUGACUCCAAUAAUGAUCUGUGUAUUUGUAGUGAUGUGCUGCUCGAUGCUGGUCCUCCUUUAUUUCUUCUACGAUCACUUAGUCUAUGUUAUUAUAGGAAUAUUCUGCUUGGCUGCCUCAAUUGGUCUUUACAGUUGUCUGUCUCCCUUUGUAAGAAGAUUCCCCUUGGGGAAGUGCAGAAUCCCGGAAAACAACUUGCCUUAUUUUCACAAGCGUCCAGAGGUCCGGAUGUUGCUGUUGGCAGUGUUUUGUCUCUCUGUCAGUGUAGUCUGGGGAGUCUUCAGAAAUGAGGAUCAGUGGGCCUGGGUUCUCCAAGAUGCUUUAGGAAUCGCUUUCUGUCUUUACAUGUUGAAAACAAUUCGCCUGCCUACAUUUAAGGGCUGUACCUUGCUCCUCCUGGUUCUUUUUGUCUAUGACAUAUUCUUUGUAUUUAUCACACCUUUUCUAACAAAGACUGGGGAGAGUAUAAUGGUGGAGGUGGCUGCAGGCCCAUCUGAUUCUGCCACUCAUGAAAAGCUCCCGAUGGUCCUGAAGGUUCCGCGACUGAACUCCUCGCCGCUGGCUCUGUGUGACCGUCCUUUUUCUCUCCUAGGAUUUGGAGACAUUUUAGUUCCAGGCUUACUGGUAGCCUAUUGCCAUAGGUUUGAUAUUCAGGUGCAGUCGUCCAGAGUCUAUUUUGUAGCCUGCACAAUAGCGUAUGGCAUAGGCCUUCUUGUGACCUUCGUUGCCUUGGCACUGAUGCAGAUGGGCCAGCCCGCUCUCCUCUACUUGGUGCCCUGUACUCUUCUCACCAGCUUUGCUGUGGCUCUUUGGAGAAAGGAGCUUGCAAUGUUCUGGACGGGCAGCGGCUUUGCGAAAGACCUACCUCAGCCUCCCUUGGUGAUAGCUCCUGUCAACUGCCCUGAGCUUCCCAAAGACAGCAGCGUACCAGCUUCUCAACAAGACGCGGAGCAAAUGACCAAUCCGACCCUCCACGUGAAGGAGCUGCACAGCCCCACCUCAGCUGCAGAGGAGCUGGCUGAUACCGACACAAAGACGGACCAGUCAGAGCCUCCUGUUGCACAGAGUGAGGAACCAGCUGCUCAGAAUAAAGACGACGUUGAAAGUAAAUGUCUAAAUGCAGAGCAAAAACAGCUGGAAUGAACCAUAUGAUAAAAACUCCUUUUUCUUCCCUCAUAAACAUAUCCAUAUGAAACCAGUAUGUAUUUAGGACUGGUUUAGUAGUGUUUGCGUUCAUCGAGGAACCUCGCUGCGAGUCUGAUCAUCAAAUCCAACAACGAAUGUUCUGCCUCCAGCUUCGGUACACUUCAAACACCUUUCUGAAAUAUGGUGCUCUACAAGGGUUCUGAUGUAGGGAUUUCAAUGAUCAUUUUAUUAGGGAAUGCCUUUGACCGUUCCAUUUUCAUUGUACUGGGGUAGUAUUAAGAACCUUUACUUGCACAGCACUCGGUGCUCGUGUGGCUGUUUUGCUGCUUUAGCCUAGUGUAGGUUAAAUGGAGGAAAAGCAUUGAACCAAUCUGCUGCAAUGCUUCGUUGAGAGAACCAUGAGAGAGUUUUUAGCACUUUCCCUAUUGUCGCCUUUUACUUUCCUUUUCCCUUCUUGUCAAAGCCAUCGAUACAAGGGAAUGCUUUAGUAUAAACUGACAUUCAGGAAAUGCAGAGAAUGGUUACAUUACCAGCCUCUGAAAGGAUUUCUACUACCGUGGUGCAUUAAAUGCAUCUCUUAACCUUUUUGUCUUUUUUUUUUUUCUUUUACUUCCAGGUACCUGGGUUGGCUACUAGUCUAGUUUAAAAGGUAGGAUGAAUGGAGCUACAGAAAACUUUCUAAGCACUCGGGUGAACUCUAGGGACUGUCUCUGAUAAUAAACAGUGUUUGUCGCAGAACACUGUCUGGAAGCAAAGGCGUAUUAAGAAUGUUUAAUUUUUUUAGAAAUAAAAUACAAGCCAAAUAGGUAAUAGCUCUAUACUAAGCUUAAUAGACAGCAUUUUCAUGGGGAAAAUGUAACAGUAAAGCAGUAAACGUUCAUCUGUUGAGAGUUUUGAGCUUCUUGUUAUUCGUUUAAGGAAUAGGAUUGUGAUUUCAGAUUCCGAAGAAAAUAGUCUGAUGUUUUCAUCCCCAAGGGAGCACAUACGGUGCUAUAGUCAGUUGUGAGUUAAAACUACUUGCUGCUCAGUAAGUAAUCAACUGUCUCAGUCAUCGUUUUGUCUUUGUCCCACGAGCAGCCAAGGUGUGUCAGGUUCUGGAAUGAGGCUGUGAUCUAGCCUGUUAGCUCGUGCCUCUUGCUAUGUGACAUUGUGAAGGACUACGUUUGUGAAUUUAUAACUUUUUGGGGUGCCGCUGGUCUUACUUUAUAUUCUUGAAAUUAUGUGUUUUCCUGUAUAACAUGGUUGAGUCUUUUAUGCAUCAACUGUAGGGAUCAUGGAGGGAUGAUGUGAUUUGUAUAUUUAUUCCAUCUAAGAACAUUUGGCUUUCUCAAAGAUGUCUGUUCUUCACUUACAUUGCAGUCUCAGAAAGUCUCAAACACUUCACAUCCAAACUGUAAUAGAACAUGGAAGUAUUCUAGGACCCUAGAAUAUAAUUCCAAUUGCGUGGAAGAAAUACUCCUCGGAGUGUUUGAGAGCCCAACAUGGCAGUACAAAAGAAUCGUUACAGUGACACACUCAGCAGCAGCUCUUUAGUCGAAGUCUCCUGUUGGCAUGUCAAGCUGGAUUCCGAAGGGCUCUCUUUAAUGUCUGUCUGUUAAAUUUCAGCCAUUGUCGUUUUGGCUACGUCUUCCAAAAGUUUGCCUUGUACUUUCUGGAUGAUGAUGUCUAUUUUACUCCAUUUCACACUGGGUGGAUAGUAUUCCUGCUCUAGAAUAUGAAAGGCUGUCUUUAAAACUCCCCCUAUGGCUUCAGAGUUUUUUCAGCUUCUGCUGAAAGCCUCGAGUGCUGUCUGAUCAGUUGAUUUAAUGCUGAGUUUCUUGAAAGGCUUCCUGAGGCCAAAGGCUUGCACUACAUUUCAUUUACAAAUCAACCUAAUGGAAGACAGUGGUACUGAAGAGAUCCGUGUGUCUCAAUCUCCUCUUUAAUGGACUGGGUUUCUUUGCCAGCACUAAUCUGAACCAAUUAUUACAAAUAAAAAGCAGCAAAGACGUUUUACUGAAAACUUUGGCCAGCUGGAUUAUGCCUUAAUUUAAGCAUUGUAUAAGUAUGUAUAUUAAAUUAAGAAAACAAUCUUGUGUUUAUAUAAUUAACUUGACAAAUAGCAAGCAAAUUAAUUUGGAGGCUGACUCGGAGUGCUAUGGUUUUUUGCCUUGAUUGUCUUUCAGUCAAUGUUAUUUGGAGUAGCUUUUUAUACACUUAAAAGCCAGUAGCUUUCUGAUGAUGAAGCGUUAAGUUUUAUCAUCCUUCUGAAAGUAUAUUUUAACAUUUGUUCUCUUAUGCUGUGGGUUAGGACAGGUUUAUUUCUCAGAUUGUUAAUUAAAAUGGAAGACUUCGUAACGCUUAACCUGUAGACAUUUGCCAGUUGCUUUGUUCACUACCUUCUAGGUAGGACUGCUUGGAGCACGUGCUUCACCUUACGUUUCUGAGAUUUUCCAAUGCUUCGGGGUUUGGUUUUGGUUUUUUUUUCUAAGCUACAAAGAUCCAUGUGGAAAACAAACAAUAGCUGCUCAAUGCAAUAUCUCCAGUCAGAGUGUGUGAACUGCUCCGAGUUACAGACUUUGACGCCUCCAGUACUGUACUGACCCUGGUGCACCCGUUUGGCUGCGACUGUUCAGCCCCUGAUCUUGGGCAGUUCAAUCACCUCCAUCAAAACCCGAGGCUGUGCUGUUUUGCCUUUCAGAAACCUCCCUGACCAGCUUAAUGUAAAACUUAAUAUACAGGAAGAUGGGAAGAUCUGUUCAGUGCAGCUGCCUGAUUUUAUUUGAUGAUUGCAGACAUAUGUCCCACACCAAACUUGAGUUAAAAAUGCACAAAGUAAUGCAAGUAAUGUUAAAGGUAAUGUCGGUGUGUUUCUUGUUUACGUCUCUCACGCUCUAAGCCUUUAGCUAACUAAAAACUCAACAGUGAGGAUUCUAUUUCUGAGCAGUUGUAUGUGUUCAGGGGAAGCAUUUUAGUAAAAAAAACCCUAACAGCUCCCAAAAAACCCCAAACCCAGCACCCCAAUAAAAGACGCAUUUCAAAAACCAAACAAAACCUCUUUGGAUCAAAGUAGUGAGGAUCAGAUUCUUUCCUUGGUCUGAAAUUACUAAAUACCAGUGUGUCAGAGCGAGUGUUCAGCUUUGCCUGUACCAUGCAGCCUUGAAAGGCUUUGCUAAGGAUGACGAGUAAGGAGAAACGUCCCAAACCCUCUUUUAGCUUUGGGGAUUUCAUUUUUUCUUGUCACAAAUGAAGAGCAUUUUAAAUGAAAUGCAGAAGAGAAACAGAAAAUACGUAUUGAAAAAUGUAUUCUUUUUUUACCAGUGGCAGUAAAAAAAAAAGCACGUCCACGUGGGUAAGGAUUAUACUUGUGAAAGUAGUUAAGAUUUUCUCUAAACUUGGACAAAUGCUAUAAGUCAGAAAAUCUACAUUGUGGCAUAUUUUCCAACAGAUAUAUUAAUAUGUCUAAUGGGAAGCUUCAUUUAGAAAACUGUUAAUUUCUUUUUUGCCCUCCUUUUAGAUGAUCCAUACCAAAUUUUGUGAACUUCUUAGGCGAUAUCUUGGUCUCAGACAAUCCGUGAGGCUUUCCCUGCAGGAGCUGCUCUUCUCUUACAGUAGCGCUCGAUGUCUUUUGUUCAGAAUGCCUUGCAAGCCUCGAUAGCAUUUUUCAGACAUGCAUAUUCCUGUGUUUCAGCUGCAGUGUUUGCAUCCACAGAGUCGCUCUGACUGAGAACGUACCAUGACUGUAGUGGUGGUGCCUGUGGUCUUGGGAUCAUAGAUUAGUAGAAUCCUAUAAUGGUUUUGGUUGGAAAAGACCUUUAAGAUUGUUGAGUCCAACAUCGAUCCAGCCCUCCUUAGUCACUGCCAGACCGUGUCUCCAAGUACAACAUCUAAUCCUCUUCUAAAGACCUCCAGGGAUGGAGACUCAACCCCCUCCCUGGGCAGCCUGUUCGUAGUCUUCUAAGGGAAUAGCUCUGACUGGGGAGCCAGAAAGAACCUCACUAGUAAACAGCGGUGAAAUAAUAUGAGUUUGAGCUUUAAGAGUGUGGCUGCAUUCAUUAAUGAAUUAACGAACUGCAGCUUUCACUUUGUUCUCUAGUAUCUGCUGAGGAGCAGAAUGCUCAGAGAAUUUACAGGUAGUUUUCUGCUUAACCGCAAACCAUGUGCUCCUGUAGGUUCUUGCUUUGAAAGCUCUCUCCAAACACCAUAUGUGGGUCCGCAGAGACCUUUGGUGUCUCCUGGAUCUCUCACCCUGCCCUUUGAGGGACUUUUCCUGGCUAGACAAUUUAAAAAUAAAAAAGCAGCAGCCUAUAUUGGGUGUCUGGUAACAGCAUUGUCUUGAAGUAAAUGCUUCUGUGCAGCUAUUUCAGUGCGAGAUCCUGCAGUUUUACUCUUAUCUCUGUUUUCUUUAGCCCCAAGGUUGGGCAGCGCAUGUAUUUCUGGUUUCUUGCACUAUGCUGGCUGUUUAGGAUGUAAAGCCCUGUAAUAUUUCUCUUUAAUGGCAGCUUUGAUUAUCAGGUAACAGCACCGAGUAUUUUGUAUCUGCUUUCAUCGUUUGGCAUGUUAUUUGUCGUACAUCCAUGGGUAAAUAAGUUGGCGAAGCAGUAGUGCACGCCUGGUGCCUAUUGACACUUGAUACACAUCCCACAGCCAUGCCAGCAGAUCCAAAGCCUGCAGAGAUGGUGCCUUUUUCCAUGAUCAAUACAAUCUCUGAUGUUUUAAAAUAAAACCUAUGUAAGGGCUGCAUCCUCAGGAAAUUCAGGACGUUAGAGAGUCCAGAAGGGAAUGGGAACUACGGUCGGAGGUCCAGAAAACAUCAGCAACAAGGGGUGAUGAGUCUUCAGGUGUUUGUCCAGAGCGAGGUUCCCCAGCUGGCUGCAGAACAUGAAGCAGAGUCGCGUCGACAAGCUCUUUGGCUUCUCAGUUUCAGCUCUGUGCCAGCAGCACUGGGCAGGAUGGAGAGGGGAAACCACUGCUUCAAAGAGAAGAACGAAGGGUGUAGUAUCAUAUCAUAGAAUAGUUUGGGUUGGAAGGGACUUUAAAGAUCAUCCAGUUCCAACCCAAUCUGAAAUGGUAUUGGAAAACCAAACAAUUUUGUAGACAACAGUAGAGGUGACAUUAGUACUAAUAGACUUGAAUAGAACAAAGAGGCUUAAAUAACAGUAAGGGAAUAUUAGGGCUGGUGGUAAAAAGAUGAACAACUUGGGUGCUUGGCCAUGGGGACCAUCUGGAACCCGUAUGGGCAGGGCUAUUGCUGAGUGCAUCUUGUUCUGAGGGUAAAGAACCGAGCCAGCUAGACAAGAGUCAUCCUUGGGUAGGUGAGUCAGCAUUGUGGCUGACAAUUCAGGUUGUGUGUUGCAAAGACACUAUUGUUGGUUUUGUGUUGCUAAUUUAAUGAUAAAUCCUCUGGAAGGAAACCCCAUCAAAGCACGUUGGGUAGGUGCAGGGCUCAUUCUACGGAGAUAAGAAAUAUUUUAUAUAAUGCGUGUUUAAUUUGUUGAAUUGCAUUGAAUGUUUGUGGCACCCUGGAAUAUUUUCGGAACAGGACAGUCAUGUGCUACCAGAACCUUCCUUUAGCACUGGCACAAGAGAAUUGUCUCUUUGCUGAUCCUCUGUAUCUCUACUUUUAUCUAUUAUGUGUUCUUCUCUGAGUGUUCUACCUUUGCCUUUUCCUCUUAAAAGUUUUGCAGGUAGAUAUACAUAUUAUGUGGAGUAAAGAUGAGGUUUUGCCAUUGCUAGAUUAGUGAUAGAUGAUAAAUAUCAUGCUUUAAUUGGAUUUGCUUGCAUUAGGAACUAGUAUAUUGUGCACAGAGUCUUCUGUCAUUUCAGAAACUAGUAGAGGACAUCUCGUGUGAUGCAGUGACUCCAUUUGAGUUCUGUUUUCCCUGCAGGUGUUGGGAGUAUUGCAAUUCCUGGUCCUAUUGUUGAUCUGGUAGCCAAGGGUUACAAGUGCACAUGCUCCUGAAAGAAUUUGGAGCCACCUUUCUCAGCUAAAGGCAGCAUUACUGCUUCUCACAAUACUUUCCCGCAUGUUAACGUGCAGGUUCAGCUCCAUGUGGCAAAAUUCCUUGAUGGGUUUAACUGGGGGAUCUUUGAGAUGACACAUAGGCUGGAAAUUUUUGGUUGAGAACUACUUCCUGCUGACAUACGCACUGCAUGUUGUGAACUUUCUUGGAGUCCUUAGUGUCGAUGUUUGUUAGCUGAAAAAAUGCAGAGAUAUGGUCUCAAAGUAAACAAGCUCCUCGAAGAACUGGAGCUGGUAGGGUGCCAGCUAGUAGUCAAGACUGCUGAAAGGUUUCCAGUUCCAAGAGUGCGAUGCUUUUCAGGAACAGCAAUAUCCUGUCUGGGCUGUGCCGUUAGCUCAGUAGAGCUUGCAGGAGACUGCACCCCAGGGUGGGAUCCUACACCACAUCCACAGUGUAGGCGUUUCCGUGUCGCCAUGGCCGAUGGUAUUUCCAAUACACUAACCUGUUCUUUAGCCAGUGGUUUCUAAAGGAUAGAAAUAACUUUUCAUCUUAAAGGUGUAGCCGAAGUGAGGGAAAUGCCAUAAACCUGCCACUUCUCCAUUGUGGAUCCAAUCUUUAAAUGGCUGGGAUGGUGGGGAGCUGGGGAUGUCUUGGAGGAGCACAAUGCGUGACAGGUGUUGUCCACAAAAGAAAGAGCAGAACUUUUGUUCUGCUCUGACCAAAGUUGUUCCAGUUCACAUUGAACAAAAACUCCAAUACAGUGCUCAGGUUUAGUUGGACAAAAAGUCCUGCAGUGCACGCAGUCUGCUUUGGGUCAGAAUCUGGUUUUUUUUCAGAGCUGUCAGUGAAACGUUCAAAAAAAUGGAGUCAUCGAUGUCACCACAGAGUAAGGUGGCAGCAAGCCCGGGUGGGGGGACAGCCGGAGACGCUCGAAUUGCUGGCUGAUGGCAAUGGUCUGUGUGUGCUGGUGUGAACAUCUACUGCUUGUUUGUCUCCAAGUCAUGCGUUGUCAUUUGUCCUCUCCAAGGACCUUUUGAGUCUCAGAAUUCCAUAGACCCAGCACAGGCUGUGGGAGAGCAAAAAGGCGUCUCUGAUAGGGCGCUCCUAAAGCUGUCUGAGAAGCGUGCGACUGGGAAUCAUUUCAUACAGCGCCAAGGGAAGGAUUUUCUUGUGAUCCAAACCCUAUGAUGUAUUUUUGCUGUUUUAAGAUCUUCUAUGCAGCUUGGCCCCUUAAUUAAAAAAAAAAAACCCAAAACAACAGCAAAACCACAGCAAACCCACCAAAACAACAACUCGCCUCCAUCCACACCCAAAAAAGCCCAACAACUAAGAGAGUCGGCUGGUGUAGGGAGACUGGUGUGAAAGCUCAGCUCGAGUAUUUUUCCUGCACUGGGGCUGCUGUUGCUCAGCAAACUGAAGCCGUGGAAACAGAGAGCAGAGAUGUAAAGAAUGAGGGGCUUAGUCCUCUUGGAAGGAUGUAGUCAAUCAGCAGCGGCUGUGUUGGAGAUGCUGAUAGAAUGGAUGUUCAUCCCUGAUUCCCUGAUGUUUAUCUUGUGUCCCAUUUACCUCCUCAGUCAGACAAUCACGUAUUCGUUCCAUCAUUGUUGGAUUGCUGAGUUGUGGGGCCUUGUGUGUCGAGGGGCACUCCUUUCACACCAUUUGCUUGGUGAUGGCUUGCGAAAUCAGUGCCUGGCAUCUACAGGGAUGGAUAAAUCCGUAAUUUUAUGACUUUUCUCUCUGACAUAACUCUCUCAGACCCAUAGUACAAAUAAGAUCAUUUUUCUGUUGUUGAUCCUGUUUGCAGUAGUAACAAAGAGCUGAACAUAUCACCUUCCCCGUCUCUUCCUGUGCUGACAGUUGCAAAGAGCAAGACAAAAAGCACUGUCAUCUCCACCUGGUUUUAGUGAACGCUUCUGGCUUUCCAAAACUGCAGGUCUGGCUGGAACACGUGCAUCAGACUUUCAAUUCAGGUUGGGUGAGUUCUGUCCACUCUGCGUCCGUACAGCGCUUUCUGGCUUUGAUGCCAACUUUCCCGCUGACUUACAGCCUUGUAUCCAAUUGCACAGCAUCUCAUAAUAUAUCUAUUUUUAUAUCUGUAAAUACAUUGUAAUACAGAGCUUUUCCAGUGACCAAAUGUACGUUUGCUUCUUGCUUCUGUAAUGCAGCAAGCGAAAAACCCUACUUUGAAAUGGAUAGUGGAGGGAACAGAAUCUUAGGACAAGAGAUGAGAAAUAUCCCAAAGGUUUCUGCAGAGUGAAUUUUCUGUGUUUUCUGUUUCACGCAUACGUGGACAUGGUGAAAGGAAACAAUCUUGAAACAAACUGAAAUUGCAGUGUGUUUUAUUUCUGUUUUGCUCUUCAAAACACUGGAAUUUACUUUCCUUUAUCCUGUUUUAGUUUAAACCUGUAAAAAUUUUCUAGAACUGUAAA